AAAUAAUCGGGUUCAACCACUCUAGAGUUCAGUUUGGAGGAUAACGUUUCGCGAAGUGGAACAGUCAAUUUGAAGAGUUUCGAUAGUUUAACUGCCCCACCGCCGCCAUGCCUAACAUUCGUUCGUUGUGUUCGGAGCUUGCGCAGAAAGCCAAGGACGAACUCAACGAAGUUCCGGAGCGACUUGACGAGGACCUGGCAGCACUGCGAGCAUGGUUGGCCAAGUGCCCGCACCUUAAGAUCCGUUCGGAUGACCAGCAUCUGGUGAUGUUCCUGCGUGGAGCCAAGCACAGUCUGGAACGUGCCAAAGAGAAAAUUGAUUUGUACUACACUCUCCGGACUGCUCUGCCGGAACUGAUGCGGAACCGAAAUCCAUUCGAUCCGAAGAUGGCAGCGUUGAUGCGAAUGGGAUCGGCCGUUCCACUGCCAAAUACGGAAGGACCUGCUAGCCCAAGAAUCGUUCUUAUACGGCCAGGCUUGUACGAUCCAGCCCAGUACACCAUCCAGGAUGUAUUCCGGUAUAAUUCGAUGAUGAGUGAUAUCAUGAUGAUGGAGGACGAUCAACUUGGAAUCGCCGGACAAGUUGGCAUUCUCGACUUGGCAAACACUACGAUGGCCCACUUCCUGCAGUUCAGUCCGACCUUUGUCAAGAAGGUUACCAUGCUGUCCCAGGAAGGUUCACCGCUUCGAUUGAAGGGCUUCCACUACAUCAACACUCCGUCCGGAUUUGAAAUGGUCUACAAUCUGUUCAAGAACUUCCUCAACGAAAAGAACCGAACUCGGCUCCACGUGCACGGUAGCAACAUGGAGUCGCUGUACGAGCACAUCCCGAAGCGGCUGCUGCCGAAGGAGUACGGCGGUGAGGCGGGCCCCAUCCAGGACGUGGUGGACACGUGGGUCAAGAAGAUCGAGGCCAACGCGGACUACUUCAAGCAGGAGGAGCAGUACGACACGGACGAGAAGCGACGCCCGGGAAGGCCCAAGAACGCGGAGAGUCUGUUCGGCAUUCAGGGGUCGUUCCGGAAGCUGGAGGUGGAUUGAAUGCUUUUUGGUUGAAAUAAAAAGAAAAAGGGUGGUUUAUGGA